CGAUUAUGAGCUACUCAAUUCAAAACUUUAACGAUCACUAAUCGAGUAAAUUUUAUCAACUCAAACUUUAACGAGCACAAGUUGAGAAAAGUUUUCGAGUCAAGUCGAACAUCUCUAAGCUCGCGAUCAACUCGUUCGAGCAACCCUACGACCCUACAUAGUACAUAUGGCCGUCACAAAUACCCGUUAUUUUUCCAACCCAGUCUCACCUACUCGAAAAUGACAUGACCGACCCGUUCCGUCUCAACCCAAGUUACCACCAACUCACACAAACAUGAUAUCGGCUCAACUGCAAACAAAACCAAUGCAACUCCAUAAACUCCCACUCCUCAGACCCGUCUCCACCACCACCACCACCAACUCCGCCAUAACUCCACCGUCAAAUUCUCUCUCCUCCGCCGCAACCGCCAUAGCCAAUCUCGUCCUCACCACAGAAGACCCCAAAACUCUCUCAAAAACCCUCUUAUCAUCUCCAGAUUUCACUUUCUCCGAACCCCUUGUCAAUCAAACCCUUAAACUCCUCUGGAAUCAUGGCCCCAAAGCCCUCCAAUUCUUCACCAUUCUCGACAAUCACCUCGAUUACGCCCACUCUCUCUCCUCCUUCCACCACGCCAUUGACAUUUCUGCUCGUUUACGCGACAUCACAACUCUCUGGACACUCGUAUCCCGCCUUCGUUCUCGCCGAUUGGGUCCCACGCCAUUAACCUUCGCCAUUAUUAUCGAAAGGUAUGUUCUCUCUGGGAAACCUGAUAAAGCUAUUGAUAUUUUCUUGUCAAUGCAUAAACAUGGCUGUUCACAAGAUUUGAAUUCGUUUAAUACUUUGUUGGAUAUACUUUGUAAAUCGAAAAGGGUUGAAAAAGCGCAUAAUUUGUUUAAGCUGUUUAAGGGUAGAUUUGGGGUUGAUGUUGUUAGUUAUAAUAUAAUUGCAAAUGGGUGGUGUUUGAUUAAAAGGAUUCCUAGAGCUUUGGAGGUGUUGAAGGAGAUGGUGGAGAGGGGUUUGAAUCCUACAUUGACUACCUAUAACAUAAUCUUGAAAGGGUAUUUUCGAACCGGGCAAACGAAAGAGGCGUGGGAGUUUUUCAAAGAGAUGAAGAAGAGAGAUCGUGAGAUUGAUGUGGUUACUUACACUACUUUAAUUCAUGGGUUUGGGGUUUUAGGGGAGGUUUCCAAAGCUAGGAGGUGGUUUGAUGAGAUGGUGGGAGAAGGGGUUCUUCCGAAUGUUGCCACUUAUAAUGCUAUGAUCCAGGUAUUGUGUAAGAAGGAUAGUGUUGAGAAUGCCAUUGUUUUAUUUGAGGAGAUGGGGAGGAAGGGUUAUGUAGCUAAUCCAGUGACUUAUAAUUUGUUGAUUAGAGGGUUGUGUCACGCGGGGCAGAUGGAUAGGGCGAUGGAGUUUGUUGAGUUGAUGAAGAAUGAUGGAUGUCAUCCAAAUGUUCAGACUUGUAAUUUGUUAAUUAGGUACUAUUGUGAUGCUGGGGAUAUUGAGCAAGGUUUGGAUGUAUUUGAUUUGAUGGGUUCUUGGAGGUGCUUGCCAAAUAAAGAUACUUACAAUAUCUUGAUAGGUUCCACUUUUGUGAGGAAGAAAUCAGAGGAUUUGGUUGUUGCAGGUAGGCUGUUGAUUGAGAUGGUGGAAAGAGGGUUUCUUCCUACAAAGUUUAUCUACAAUCGUGUUCUGAAUGGGCUUUUGGUGACAGGAAACCAAGCUUUUGCUAGGGAGAUUCUGCAAUUGCAGAGUAAACGUGGAUCCCUUCCUCGGCACUUUAAAUUAUGAAAGCAUAUUGGAUGAAUUUGUAGAUUGCAGAUUGCUGAAGUCCAUACUGUCUCAGAGGGAUCUUCAACCAAGGUUGGGGUAAAAAGUUUUGAUGGGUUGAACUGGAUGGUGUGGUGAGUUGGUUGUUUGGCCAAAGAUAUUGGUAUGUGGAUUGAUGAUGACAGAACUCCAGAACAAAAGCUUUUGUUUUUUCUGAUCAUAGCUUUCAGGCAUCUCAAUUUCGGGGGCUUUUUUGAUACAUUAAGAGUUGCUCAAGGAAAUGAUUGAACUAUUCCUUAGUCCUAUAAUUUCUGUUCCAUCAUGCUAACUGGGACUUAGGUAGUUAGGUUAUUUCAACUCGAGAUAUUAUGUAUGUGGGAGCGACAGAUCCUGCUUCAUUUAAGGUUGAAUUCCAUUGGUGUCAUAAUGGCUGUCUACUGUUUCGAACUCUUGAAGCUUUGAGGGGACAGAAAACUGAACAAUAUUGAAUCACUCAGCACUGUGUGCUCUCGUUCCUGGGGGAUUUUAAUAUUUACUACUUUGAUUACAUAUACUUAAUUACAAAGUAUCACUGAGAUGGCACAAUAAUAGUUUGUUUGGUGCUAAUGAGACCAUCCUUUUGGAUACUGGUUCCCCUGCUUGAGAGCACGUACUGAAGAAAAUUGGAAUACCUUAUCUGAGGUGUCAUCUGGCAGAAUAGGGAUAGCACUUAGCACCUGAUGAUCUCAGGAAACAUGACAUUUAUGUUAAGUGGCAAUCCCCUACUGAGGAGCUCCCAGUCCAGCAGAAGAGAGAGGGGGGGAGGGGGGGGGGGGUAUCCUUCAUGACACUUCAGGGCAAUUCAUUAGAAGUCUUGCAGCAAACUUUGGUGUGUGCAAUGCUUAUAGAGCUGAGUUCCUAUCUCUGGAAUUGGGACUCAAAAUGGCUGCUGAGUUGGGAAUUACAAUGCUAAUGGUUCAAAUAGACAAUAAGGCCUGUAUUGAAGCUAUUCAGAAUGCAGAUCUCCAUGGAGGGGAGUGUGUUCAUAUUUUAAAUUCUUGUCGUCAUUUGAUUAGUUAGGAGUAAUCUUUGAAGACGGGGUGUUUGCUCAAAUGUUGCUUAGAUGAGUUAGAUCAGUAUAUAUAUAGGCAUAUAGCACAUUAGCCCCUUUUUGAUCCCUCUAUGUAUAUGCUGGUUUCUAGAGGUACAAAUUGGUUUAUGGUGUUUUCUAAGUUGGCUUCAGAGUAAAUUGUAGGAUUCAUAAGGUUCAGGAACACGAUAAUCUUUUAUUAUAUUGAUCUGGUUCAAGUGA